GUGCUCUCUCAAAACACACACACCCCUCCGGCCCUCCCAACAUUUACACGGGAACAUGGCAACGCCGAGUGCAUGCGCGCACACAAAUUAUACAGUGCAGAUGGCUUGACCCAUAUUUUCUGUUUGCAAUAUUAAUUGACCGCUCACCCAAUCCACUGAGAAGACGUCAACUCCCAUCCCCCGCCCCUUAGCAACAGAAGCAAGAUGGCGGCGCCCAGUAACGCUGAUCAUUCUCCAGAGAUAUCGACGCCUUUAAAGAUACCGAAAACAGAAGUGCCAUCACCAGAAUCAGAAGAUUUGAGCGACAGCAACCAAUAUCAUUCCAAUCCCUCCACACCUAAUCGAUUCUCGCCUCUCAACGUAGGUUUGUCGAUUUCUGGGAGCGCAGGCCGAAGUGGAUCGGCCUGUGCAUCAAAUAGCUUCACCGCUUGCCGAGGGAUGUCGUGGACCCCAUCAGAAACAAACGCCCUUAUUGCGGUAUGGGGGAAUGAAAGACUGACAGAGGCACGAAUGCAACAACUGGAGGUUGCAGGCACCGUUUUCUCUGGAAAGGCUCCUGGUCCCGCAAUGUACGAGCGGGUCUCACGAGCCCUAGCAGAGCUCGGCUACGAAAGGACCCCAUCCCAAUGCAGGGAAAGGAUGAAGGUAAUGGGGGACAGAACGCUGCGACGGUGCUAUAGCCGAGUGAAGGAGCACGGUGUCGGCAAGAGGAAGAGCAGCUACUCCAUCGAGCAGCUGGAAAAGGUGUUUGGCCAGGGAGGCUGGGACUCCCAGAUGUGUGCCCCCGUCCUCAUCAACAGCAGUGGCCUGUACCAGGAGAUGGAGUCUGACGGCAGCGCCAUGGAGGAUUUCUCCCAGGAAGACUGGUGCAACCAGGUGCUGGCCUCGGCCUUCCAGGAGGGAGAGAUGGAAACUGAGGAAACACAGCCACCAAAGAAUGCCAGAGUCCUGCAGCUGCGACCUGAGCCUUCGGAGCAAGUCCAGAAACAGGAAGUGAUGCUGAACGUGGUGCGUAUCCUGGAGUCGGUGCAGGUGAAGUGGGAGCACUUUCAGACGUGGACCGACUUCUCCCGGCUACACCUUUCCAACAAGCUGGCCAUUUUUGGCGUGGGCUACAACACGCGCUGGCGUGAGGACAUCCGCUACCACUACGCAGAGAUCAGCUCCCAGGUGCCCCUUGGCAAGCGGCUGCGCGAGUACUUCAACCCAGAGAAGGCAGAGGGCCGUGUCAUCAUGACCAAAGUACAGAAGAUGAACUGGAAGAACGUGUAUUAUAAGUUCCUGGACAUCACCAUUAGCGAAGCACGCUGCCUGGAACUGCACAUGGAGGUGGACUGGAUCCCCAUAGCCCAGGCCAGGGUGAAGGGCUGUAGCAACGGGACCUCCAAGUAUCUCCUACCGGGGGGUAUCCCCAAGACUUACGGCCUGUACGCCAUAGGCUACGAGGACGUGGUGGCGGAGUUGCACUACACAGGGGAGGAUGAGGCUCCAGCCUCUCCACUGCAACACCAAGACACUGACCAGAGCUUGCCUCUCUCUGGGUCGUCGGGCUCCGGCGGGCCCGGGUCCGAGAGUGUGGUGAGGCCGGGGGGACGAGCGGGGGAGGGGGAGAGGACUGGGGCCAAAGUGACCUACUGCUACCUGGGCAUCGCAGAGGAGAGGACCUUACAGCAGUGUCUGUUCCAGCACUUUCAGAGCUCAGGCAAGCACUACAGCCGCAGGGAGAUCUCGGCCGUAACAUGCUUCCUCCAGGGGAAUUGCAGCGGCACCGGCCAGCAGACCAGGGAAGAGGGCCUCUCCUUGGGCCCUGAACAUUCGGCCAUAUACAUUAAAUUUAUUGAGGUGGAGCUAGAUUUCCUCUCUGCUGGCUCACUGUUGGAAUGUCUAGAAAUUGCAGUUGGUUACUCUUUAAAGUACAACAACAAAGAGGCGUUGUAACGCUUGUUGUUUUGACUCCCAUUAACUGAAGGAUUGAACGGGGGCCAGAGGGACAUGCAAUAUCUUUCCCCCAAUUUAACUGCAGACCUGAGUUCAAAUGCUAUUUGAAAUCAUUUAAAAUACUUCGGCUGGGCUUGAUUGAGCUUGCCUUGGUCAAUGGAACCAAAAGAAUAGUUACAAAACUGUUAACCCCAGCUGACACAUUCGGCAGGAAAUAGCAAACACAAAAUAAUAUUUGAAAUAGUGUUUGAACCCCGGUCUGUGUACAUGCUGUCUUAUCAGGGGAUGUGAGAGGGGAAUGGCUACUGCUGGAUGCAUUUCCCUACCUUGAGGAUAUAGCAGUGGACAUACAGUAUAUUUGUCACAAGAAGAUGGUGUGCACUUGUUUUAAAACUGCCUUUACACUUCUUUGAAUUUGGAUGUCUAUGGUCAGGUCUAAGGUGCCAGAAAAAGAUCCCGGGGUAAAGAUCAUGUAAGGAACUUUAUCCAAUUCUAAUAGAGGACCUAGAGGGGCAAUAUGAAUGAAGAUAUUGAAUCUAUCUCUAUAUAGAAAUAUAUAUUUAAGAAUAUACAGUGCCUUGCGAAAGUAUUCGGCCCCCUUGAACUUUGCGACCUUUUGCCACAUUUCAGGCUUCAAACAUAAAUAUAUAAAACUGCAUUUUUUUGUGAAGAAUCAACAACAAGUGGGACGACAUUUAUUGGAUAUUUCAAACUUUUUUAACAAAUCAAAAACUGAAAAAUUGAGCGUGCAAAAUUAUUCAGCCCCCUUAAGUUAAUACUUUGUAGCGCCACCUUUUGCUGCGAUUACAGCUGUAAGUCGCUUGGGGUAUGUCUCUAUCAGUUUUGCACAUCGAGAGACUGAAAUUUUUUCCCAUUUCUUCUUGCAAACCAGCUCGAGCUCAGUGAGGUUGGAUGGAGAGCAUUUGUGAACAGCAGUUUUCAGUUCUUUCCACAGAUUCUCGAUUGGAUUCAGGUCUGGACUUUGACUUGGCCAUUCUAACACCUGGAUAUGUUUAUUUUUGAACCAUUCCAUUGUAGAUUUUGCUUUAUGUUUUGGAUCAUUGUCUUGUUGGAAGACAAAUCUCCGUCCCAGUCUACGGUCUUUUGCAGACUCCAUCAGGUUUUCUUCCAGAAUGGUCCUGUAUUUGGCUCCAUCCAUCUUCCCAUCAAUUUUAACCAUCUUCCCUGUCCCAGCUGAAGAAAAGCAGGCCCAAACAUGAUGCUGCCACCACCAUGUUUGACAGUGGGGAUGGUGUGUUCAGGGUGAUGAGCUGUGUUGCUUUUACGCCAAACAUAACGUUUUGCAUUGUUGCCAAAAAGUUCAAUUUUGGUUUCAUCUGACCAGAGCACCUUCUUCCACAUGUUUGGUGUGUCUCCCAGGUGGCUUGUGGCAAACUUUAAACGACACUUUUUAUGGAUAUCUUUAAGAAAUGGCUUUCUUCUUGCCACUCUUCCAUAAAGGCCAGAUUUGUGCAAUAUACGACUGAUUGUUGUCCUAUGGACAGAGUCUCCCACCUCAGCUAUAGAUCUCUGCAGUUCAUCCAGAGUGAUCAUGGGCCUCUUGGCUGCAUCUCUGAUCAGUCUUCUCCUUGUAUGAGCUGAAAGUUUAGAGGGACGGCCAGGUCUUGGUAGAUUUGCAGUGGUCUGAUACUCCUUCCAUUUCAAUAUUAUCGCUUGCACAGUGCUCCUUGGGAUUUUUAAAGCUUGGGAAAUCUUUUUGUAUCCAAAUCUGGCUUUAAACUUCUUCACAACAGUAUCUCGGACCUGCCUGGUGUGUUCCUUGUUCUUCGUGAUGCUCUCUGCGCUUUUAACGGACCUCUGAGACUAUCACAGUGCAGGUGCAUUUAUACGGAGACUUGAUUACACACAGGUGGAUUGUAUUUAUCAUCAUUAGUCAUUUAGGUCAACAUUGGAUCAUUCAGAGAUCCUCACUGAACUUCUGGAGAGAGUUUGCUGCACUGAAAGUAAAGGGGCUGAAUAAUUUUGCACGCCCAAUUUUUCAGUUUUUGAUUUGUUAAAAAAGUUUGAAAUAUCCAAUAAAUGUCGUUCCACUUCAUGAUUGUGUCCCACUUGUUGUUGAUUCUUCACAAAAGAAUACAGUUUUAUAUCUUUAUGUUUGAAGCCUGAAAUGUGGCAAAAGGUCGCAAAGUUCAAGGGGGCCGAAUACUUUCGCAAGGCACUGUAUAUUGAUGUUGUCAAGCAUUCCAGCAUUUAUUAACAUUAUGAAUUUCAAAGAAGUAUGUUAAUGUUUUGAUAUAUAUAUUAUUGGUUAACCAGUGUCUUUGUGUAUUUUUGUUUCCAGGUCACAGUCUUGUGUUUACAUGUUUUGAAAAAAAUAAUAAACAGGGCACAGACCGUCA